UCUCUAAUUGGAUGGUCGUCCCUCCUCCAGUCUGACGUCGCUUAGACCGAUCCACGUUCUGACGUAGCAGUGCGUCAUGUGAGGACGUCCGUGGUUCUCACGCGGGAGUCGUGCAACAUCCACUGACGUAACAAAACUUCUACUCACAGGAAUAUUCAUUGUGUCUUUAUCCAGUGUCUGUUUCACGCAGCCCGGUACGUUCACGCAGCCCGACAGGUGGUGGGAUGUUGACCCCCAAGCUGCUGACCCUGGUGCUGGUGGUGCAGCCCGGCCGGGUGCUGCUGGGCAUGAAGAAGAGAGGCUUCGGGGCCGGGAAGUGGAACGGCUUCGGGGGCAAAGUUCAGCCUGGAGAGAGCGUCGAAGAGGGCGCGAGGAGGGAACUGCAAGAAGAAAGUGGGCUCACAGUGGACGCUCUCGAGAAGGUCGGAAACAUUAAGUUUGAGUUCGUCGGAGAAACGCAGCUACUGGACGUCCACGUUUUCAGGGCGGAUGCUUAUAACGGAGACCCGACAGAGUCCGAUGAGAUGAGGCCUCAGUGGUUCGAAUGUGAUCAAAUCCCCUUCAGUGAAAUGUGGGCCGAUGAUAUCCUGUGGUUCCCUCUGUUACUGCAGAAGAAGAAAUUUGUCGGAUACUUUAAGUUCCAGGGUCACGACUUGAUCCUCAGCCACAGACUGGAAGAGGUGGACGAGCUCUGAGAUAAUGUGGCUGGUGAUGACCUUGUUUAUGAGUGGGACCAACAAAUAUCAGCUGUAAAACUUUAGAUAUCAAAUACUGAAGAUAUCAAACUGUUAAAUGUUCUUUUUCACUUCGUUUGUGGGAAGAAACAAGUUCCUGAAUACCUCAUCUUGCAUGUUAAAGAGAGUUGGAUCCGCCCAUAUGUCCAGAUCUGACCUGAAUCUUGAUGGGUUCUGUCCUGAUCCAUGUCCCCCCCCCCCCAGGUAUAAUGGAAUACAGUAAUUGUGUAAUCCUGCCGACAAACAACAAACCAAGAGACAGGGCUGAAAAACAAAACCCCCUGGUGGAGGUUAGAAAAUAAAAAUCACACCAGCAGUACACAGAGAAAAUGUUUUCAGUUCUUUCAUUUUAUUUUUCAGGAUAUCCGGUUUAACAUCAUUCAGCAAGUUUUUUUUCUCUGAUAGAAUAUUUACAAUAUCUACAAUGAUAAUUUUAUUGGGUUUUAUAUUCUGUGCAAGUUCAUUUGUUUCCCAAUACGUUCUCUGUUUCCAAAAACAAACAUGUUUCAUUCUGCAAAAUGAUUGUGCCCAUGUUCUGAUUUGCAUAUCGGCAUCAUUCAUUUCCACACAGUCAGUUCAGGGCAGAGAUAAAAUCAGCUGGCGUUUCUCAACUCGUCCCUUUGACUUUCGAUUUUUUUACAUUUA